CUAUGGUCCCCAGUUAUGCAUACUCUUAAACGUUGAUUCAUGUUUUUCUAAUAAAUGGAUGUACAGAUUUUACAACCAGAUAAAAAUGAAGAACCACACGAAUCGAAAGAUGAUUCUUUUGUAACUCAGCUCAUUUUGGACGCGAUUGUUGCAGGUUCCUGUUCUCUCGAUCUCAAAAAUCGCAACCUAGAUGAAAUCCCGGAUAAAAUUUUGGACGUACCAAAUUUACAGAAAUUGUAUGCCUCGAAUAAUUGUCUCAAAACUAUAUCACCCAAAUUACUGAAUAGCCUCAGUCAACUUCGUUGGCUAGAUUUACGUGACAAUAGCUUAACAGAUAUUCCACCGGAAAUAAAACACCUGGGCGAACUUCAGACAUUACUUUUAGAUAAUAAUAAGAUCAGAAUUCUUCCUCUGGAGCUUGGUCUGUUGAAAAGUUUGUCAGUUCUGCAUCACAGAAAUAACCCGAUAGAAUUUCCUCCUAAUGAAGUAUUGAGUAGAGGCACGAAACAUGUUUUAAAGUUUCUGUUCGACUGUUAUGCAGGUUUGGUGAACAUAGCAACUAACAAAGACUUCAGUAUACUUGAUUACAGUACAAAAGAUACUGAAAAUAGUUUGGAAAACAACAACAAUGUUUCACAAAUAGAACAACCUUUUGAAGAUGGUAUCAAACGUUCUAUCUCUGAAUUUCCUGAUUUAAUCAACUCUAUGAAUAGUGUGAACAUUAAAGAAAAGCAGUUGCUCAACUCUGUGGAAGAUUUACACAAUUCCAUAGAUUUAAACCACAAUGAUGUAGUUUUUUCUAAGCUUGAAAGAUCUCAUUCUGCUGAUGAAUUGUUCUCGGAAGCUGUACAGAAUGAAGGCAUCAAUGAGAGUUCAGAUACAGAAGGAAAACUCCCCCAGAUUUUUAGUCAAUCGAAUUUAACAGGUGUCAUAGGAAGUAUCCUUAAUGGAGAUAAUGAUUUGGCUCAGUACUGUGGGUAUCAAAAUAACAAUUCAUCCCACUCACAGAUCUUCAACAAGUCGAAGUUGUACAAAAGGAUUCAAAGUGAUUAUUUUAAGUCUAAACGUUUCACAUCAAAGUCGAAUAACUCAUUGUUGUGUAAACUACCUAGCCAAACUAGUCGACACAAAGCAUUUUUGUUAGAUGACCCACCACAACCGACUUUAGAAAAAAUACGUUUAAUUUAUAAACGUGAACAAAAGAGGAAAGCUCGUAAAGAGAUGAUGUUGAAGCAGGCAUCACAAAUACAACGCAUAAAAAAUGCUAGUUGUAUUUCAGAUUGGCGUGAUGAUUAUACUUUAUAUCAAAAGAAAAAACUAUAUGAAUAUUUAGAGAAAACAAAUCAAGAAAUAAAAGGAGAAUCUGAUCAAAGAAUUGUCAAUGCACCGUUUGAUGUGCACAAAGAUCACUUGACUAUGAUUGAUAGUGGUGAAUUGAAUAGUUUACGUAAACAACGAAUUAAAGAAGAACGUCCAGCUAAUUUGGAUUCAGCUACUGUGUUACAGUUGGAAUUAGCUAGUUUUGAAAGAGAUGCUUGUUUAACAAAACAAGUUCAUGAACAUACAAAAGCAAUUUUGGAACGUUUUAAACUUCCGGUUAUUCCAACACACGAUUCUAUUAGAUCGGAAAUGUUAACUGCUAAGAAAAGUAUAGAUGAAGCUAUUCGAUUACACCGACGUGUACAACAAAGACUUGUUACGUUGGGAUACUUUCAUGGAUCCAAUCGACGUGAUUUAUGGUGACAAAAAAUAAUUUUAGAAUGAACAUCUUUUGUUUUUUUUCCUCUUUUUUUGAUCAAUUUUUUUUUCUAUAAAAAAAAAUACCUGCAAAUUGCACAUCUAUGAAAAAUUUUGAGUUUCAUUAUAAUUUACUGAAUAAUAAUAA